UGUUAAUUUAAUGGAAUAUGGUACUUAUUAAAAAAAUGUUUGUCAAUGGUUAAGUGUAUUGGUGGGUUUGUGAAUAUAACCUUAAAUGUAAAUAAUACUUUCCAAAGUCGUUCCUACCACAUGGAUGGCUAUUUAAAAAGGAAAAGGGAGGAUGAUAACGUAGAUGUACAACCCUCAAGCAAACGAACCGAAUAUUCGGCGCCUCCGCAGAAGUUUUCAGUGAACAGUCGUUUACAACAAUAUCGUAAUGAAUUACAGUCUGUCCCUGAUUCAAAAUCCUUCAGACUACAUCAAAUAGCAAUUCAAAAUUCUCCAUCUAAAUCACGAAAUAAUGAGACAUUCAGUGACUCUAAAAGACAUCCUGUUUCUGGGUUAGAAAGUAGAUUAAAUAGUAUUAGGAAUAAUAAAACAAAUACUAAUGCACGUCCUAACAAUAACAGCUGCCACAAUAAAUUUGCAUCUACCAGUGCAGAGUAUCAUGCGAAGCCACUUAAAGCCAAUUUACCCGACACUUCAGUGGAUUAUAAACGUAAAUGCAUAGAAUAUUUGCAGUCCAAUAUUUCUAUAGCAAGGCCACCUUCAGAGAGGUCAACUCCACUUCCAAGUUAUGCAUCUGAUUUGUCUUCAAGUUCUAGCACAUCUUAUAAUGCUCAUCAGAUUUCGCGUGUAGUGUCAGAUAUGGUACAUGAUAAUCAUUUCAAUAAAAGUUUUCAGAAGGGCUGUGAUAAUAAUACCCUUUCUUCUAAUAAUUCUUUAAAUUGUUACUAUAUGCCAGAAGAAGGAGCCAACAGGCAUGGAGAAUCAACUGACCAAAACAGAAACUCAAAUGAUGAUUUGUUUAUGGAUUGGACACCAAUUGAUGAAAAAAUUGUCUUAUCAAAUAUUGAGAAAGUUCGGACCAGUAUGCUACCAAAUAUCUUACCACAAACUGAAUUCCAAAAAGAGGUACAAAACAUUUCAUCUGAGUUGAUGCGAAAUGACGGUGUCCUUAAAACUGUUUUUAUUGUUAUUGAUACGAAUAUUUUCUUGUCGCACUUGGAAGUUAUAAAAGAAAUAAUGGAAAUAAAAAUUAAUGGUGUAGAAGUUCCCAUAAUGUUUUUACCUUGGAUUGUAAUUCAAGAAUUAGACUAUAUAAAGGAUGGAAAAAAUGCCCAUGAAUUUUUACGAAAAAGAGCGCAAAUUGCUAUUAAAUUCAUAAAUGCCUGCCUUCAAUCUGAUAAGAAGAUCCUUCAAGGUAUAUAUUUUAUAANAAAGAAAGUUGCACAAGAUGUCAUCGGGUCAGAUGAAGAUGAAGAGAAGUCUCCAAAGAAAAAGAAGAAAGGGAAAUCCAAGGAACAUUGUGACGAGAUUCGAGAACUAUUGGAUAUUGAAAGUGAGCAUGGUAGCAGUAUAAUUCCAUUGGAAUUACCAGAAAGUGGAACUCCAAAACCCAAAAAGAAGAAGAAACGUAAAAAUGAAAAAAAUGCUGAGAAAUUCCCAAAUGAGCAGACACUGGUUAACGUAAUCGACCAGAACAAUGAUAUAGAAGAAGAACCGCAAACUUCUGUUUCCAGUAAAAAAAGAAAACGGAAAAAUAAACAAGUAGUCAAGAAAGCUGACUCUGAUACUGUAAAACCUGAUAAAAAUCAAGUAAGAGAGCAUGGUAUAGUAUCAGUUGAGUUUACAAACGACUCUGAUUCGGAUAUCAGUAUUUACACCGUGGAUUAUGAAAGCGACAAUAAUUCAAAUUCAAAUUUGAGCUUUUGUACCAUAGCAGAUACUGGAGUAGCUUGCAAUAUACAAGAAGACGACGAUUCUUUCGACGAAUUUAGAAGUAUAAGUGACGUUGGGGAAGAUAUUGAAGUGGUGAAUGUGAACCUGCUCCAAGAAAAGCACCCACUUAAAAGAACAGAAGGUCAUCCCGAAAAGAAACAGUUCUCCGACUUUUGGGACAAUAAUAUGAAAAAGUUUUAUUGUGAAAGUUGGGGACACGAAAACUUUUCUGUUUCCGAAUGCCAGAAGUUCAUCCUAGAGGCCCCCGAUGCCGUUCAUGCCGCCAAUGGGGACACUUGA